AGCGCCGACACCAGACACUUGCCCUGUGGCUGUGAAGAGACUGUCCCAUCGCACCCUUCCCGUGGCUGGAUGUUCUGUUAGACCCUCGCCUUUCGUCUUUAGGGUACAGCAGCAUCAGACGCCUCUCCCAGGACGCUCCUGGUAGGGGACGAACGAUUCGGGUAGCGUGAGAGGAGAGAGGGUGCAGAGAUGGAUGACAUCUUCACUCAGUGCCGUGAAGGCAACGCGGUAGCAGUCCGCCUCUGGUUGGACAACACAGAGAACGACCUAAACCAGGGGGAUGAUCACGGGUUUAGUCCAUUGCACUGGGCGUGCCGUGAGGGUCGUUCAGGUGUCGUGGACAUGCUCAUCAUGAGAGGGGCGCGCAUCAAUGUCAUGAACCGCGGCGACGACACACCCCUGCACCUGGCUGCGAGUCACGGCCACCGUGACAUUCUGGCCAAGCUGAUCCAGUGUAAAGCAGAUACCAAUGCGGCAAACGAGCACGGCAACACCCCUCUCCAUUAUGCCUGCUUCUGGGCCCACAACCUGGUGGCAGAGGAUCUGGUCAAUAAUGGUGCUCAGGUGAGCAUCUGCAACAAGUAUGGAGAAACUCCACUGGACAAGGCCAAACCACAGCUUGCCGCAAAUCUGAAAGAGCUGGCGGAGAAACAGGGACAAAGCCUGACCAAAGUUCCUUUCAAGGACACUUUCUGGAAGGGAACCACUCGAACGCGACCACGUAACGGCACACUAAACAAACAAGCUGGAAUAGAUUAUAAGCAGCUCUCCAUGCUGGCCAAGAUCAACGAGAACCACUCUGGGGAGCUGUGGCAAGGCCGCUGGCAGGGCACAGAGAUUGUGGUCAAGAUGCUUCAUGUGCGGGAUUGGACUACAAGAAAGAGCCGUGACUUUAAUGAGGAGUACCCUAAACUAAGAAUCUUCUCCCACCCAAACGUGUUGCCCAUGUUGGGGGCAUGUCAGUCUCCACCCGCCCCUCAUCCUAUCAUAAUUACACACUGGAUGCCCUAUGGCUCCCUCUACAAUGUGCUUCACGAGGGAACCAACUUUGUUGUGGAUCAGACGCAAGCGGUGAAGUUUGCUUUGGAUAUAGCUUGUGGAAUGGCUUUCCUGCACACACUGGAGCCCAUGAUCCCUCGGCAUUCUCUCAACAGCAAGAGCGUCAUGAUUGAUGAAGACAUGACGGCCAGGAUAAGCAUGGCAGAUGUUAAGUUCUCCUUUCAGUGUCCUGGCAGGAUGUACUCUCCUGCAUGGGUGGCACCUGAAGCCCUGCAGAAGAAGCCAGAGGAGAUUAACCGGCGCUCUGCAGACAUGUGGAGUUUUGCAGUGUUGCUCUGGGAGCUUGUCACCAGAGAGGUGCCCUUCGCUGACCUCUCAAACAUGGAAAUUGGCAUGAAGGUGAGAUGA